AACCUAGGUUCGAUUGGAGCUUGCUCAGUGGUUGUUCGGCACGGAUAGACAAAGCUUUGGCGAAUCACCUACGCUUUGGAACUAAGAGGUUUAUCGCGUGACUCAUCAAUCAUCAGCAGAUUGCAAUGCAUCGUUUAGCAAUCAGGUCGAUCCUAGUUGGGACGGUUUUUCUAUUGACCAAGGCAGCCGUUAACGAAUUCGUGACGUGCGAUUUCGAUUUGGGAUCUGAAGUGGAACCCAGUCUACCGACAGAGUGCGAAAACGUGGACGAUUCGACGCGGGCGGCCUUACUGCAGGAAGCUGAAAGCUUCAAGGUGUUCAAUGCGAAACUGUCGGAGUACGAGGCGAGCGUCGGUCAGGACACCGAAGAUGAGAUAUACAAGGAUUGGGAGUUUCGAGCAGAACUAUAUGGGAACGCUGAGCUGAAUUUGUGCCAAAAUACUACGGAAGUUUUGGUGGAGUAUCUCGAUUGCUUGAUAGAGAAACGUGCACAGAUGGUUCUUGAAAUUGAGAACAAGAUGGAGCAUGGCAGCUGAGAAUUUCUCUUGUAAAUAAGUUAGUCUAGUAACGUGAAAUCAACACCAAUAGAGUUAUAUUAUAUGGAGAAUACAAACCUAAACAUCGUCGUUUAA